UUUCAGAUGUAUGUGUUUGAGGAGCGUGGCCUAGCGGUAUUUAUUCUUUCUUCAGGCGAUUCCUUAGACCUGCUGUAUCAACAGAAUGUAACAUUUGGAACUAAGAUGGCUAAGAUGGCUUCUGCUCAUCUUCUAACAAAAUUAAGUGCAGAAAAUGAAGAUAUUUCAGCCAGUAGAUUCACAGAUAAUGAGGAACUACGGUAUUCACUGAGGUCACUGGAAAAAAAUGCUCCAUGGAUACGUCAAGUGUAUAUUAUAACAAAUGGACAAAUACCAUACUGGCUAAACUUGGACAAUCCUCGAAUAUCAAUAGUUACUCAUGAGGAAAUUUUUCCAAACAAAAGUCACCUACCAUCUUACAGUUCCCCAGCCAUUGAAACUCAUUUACAUAGAAUACCAGGCCUUUCAAAGAAGUUUAUUUAUUUAAAUGAUGAUGUCAUGUUUGGAAAGGAAGUGUGGCCAGAAGAUUUUUAUACACAUUCUAAAGGCCAAAAGGUGUACCUGACUUGGCCAGUUCCAGACUGUGCAGAUGGAUGUCCUGUGUCAUGGAUCAAGGAUGGUUAUUGUGAUAGAGCAUGUAAUAAUUCUGCAUGUUCAUGGGAUGGUGGGGAUUGUACAAAAGAAAGUGUGGAACAUCAGCUUCAUAAUCAACAAAAUGUGGGACUGGGAAUUCACCAAGAUUUCUCUGAUGAAAUUGAAAAAAUGUAUU